CUGACCGCCUGCCUGCCUGCCUGCCUGCCUCUGUCUCUGAGAUACUGAGGAGGCUCCUCCAAGCCUCUGAGACUUAAAAACAAAACCAAACCCCUUGUUGCAGGAGGCUGCCUCCACUGGUUCUGCUAAAUGAGCAUGUCGAGAGAAGCUGAAACUCUGUCUAAUGGGUCUCAGAGGUCUGACCUGCGGAUGGAGCUUGAUGACUGCAUGGCCGCCCUCGACCUGUUCCUAAGCAACAAGUUUGCAGAGGCCCUGGCUCAUCUGCAGUCCAAAACCAAGGACAGUAUGUAUCAUGCCCUCACCUAUGCCACAAUCCUGGAGAUGCAGGCCAUGAUGACCUUUGACCCUCACGAUAUAUUGGCAGCAGGGAACACAAUGAAAGAUGCUCAGGCAGUGUGCCAGAGGUUCCGGAGGAAGUCCACAAUGGCAGGUUCCUUUAACAGUCUGAUCAACAGGCAGGCUGGGGAGCUCACAGAAGAGGAAAUCCAUGCUGAGGUGUGCUAUGCAGAGUGCCUGCUACAGAGGGCAGCCCUUACUUUUCUCCAGGAUGAAAACAUGAUCAGUUUCAUCAGAGGAGGAAUGAAAGUGAGGAGUAGUUACCAGACCUACAAAGAGCUCCACAACAUUGUGCAGUCGGCCCAGUACACUCAUGGGGACAGUCACAGUCAUUUCGAGGGGGGUGUGAAGCUUGGGGUGGGAGCCUUUAACCUGACGCUAUCCCUGCUACCCACAAGGAUACUUCGGCUUCUGGAGUUCGUUGGCUUUUCUGGCAACAAGGAGUACGGUCUGCAGCAGCUUCAGGAUGGGGCGUCCACACAGAGCUUCAGGGCCUUCCUGUGCACCAUGCUGCUGCUCUGCUACCACACCUUCAUGAGCUUCGUACUGGGGACAGGAGAAGGAGACGUGGGAGAUGCAGAGGCACUCCUGCAGCCCUAUCUGAAGCGAUAUCCCAAGGGUGCUAUCUUCCUGUUUUUCGCUGGCCGAAUAGAGGAGAUCAAAGGCAACCUGGAUGCAGCCAUUGCCCGCUUUGAGGAGUGCUGCGCAGCCCAGCAGCACUGGAAGCAGUUCCAUCACAUGUGUUACUGGGAGUUGAUGUGGUGCUUCACCUACAAGCGGGUCUGGAAGAUGGCCUACUUCUACGCAGACCUGCUCUGCAAAGAGAACUCCUGGUCCAAGGCUACGUAUGCUUACAUGAAAGCAGCCUACCUCAGCAUGCUCACUGAAGAGGACUGCAAGCCCUUUGGGGAGGAUGAGGUGGAGAUCUUCAGACAAGUGCCGGGGAUGAAACAGAAGAUAGCCGGGAAGUCGCUGCCGACGGAGAAGUUUGCAAUCCGCAAAGCGAGGCGAUACCUCUCCCCCAACCCCCUCCCUCUGCCAGUGCCGCCUCUGGAAAUGAUGUAUAUCUGGAACGGGUAUGCGGUCAUAGGGAAGCACAGGGACCUGACCGAGGGAAUGCUGGACACUCUGAACCAGGCGCAGAGAACCCUGGAGCGAGCGCCAGUGACGGAGCACACAGUAGAUGACCAGUGUCUGGUGAGCUUUCUGAAAGGACUCUGUCUGAAACACCUGGGGUGUCACGAAGAGGCAGAGCAGUAUUUCAACCUCAUCCACAUCAAUGAAACUCUAAUUAGAUACGAUCACUAUUUAGUGCCGAAUGCCUUGUUAGAACACGGUCUGCUCUGCAUGGAGCUGGGAAGAAAAGAAGAGGGGGUUAAAUACCUGGAAACAGCAAAGCACAAUUACAAGAAUUACUCCAUGGAGUCCAGGACACAAUUCCGAAUCCAGGCUGCACUGCACAACGCCAAGUCAGCAGUAGAAAACGGAGACUCUGUUCCUUAACCGUGGCUCCGGAGCAGGGUUUGAGACUAAGCCCGGCCCGGCCCAGCCCGAGAGGAGGGGAACACCACAGGGUUAGGAGCUGAGCACAGCAGUGCUCCAAUUAGGAUCGGCAGCCUGACCUGCUCCUAGAAAUGUUAAGCACCCUGCAUGUUUCAACCCCAAUCCCUGAUUUCCUCCAGGUUUGUGGAAAUAAAUCUCCUUAUCUUUACCUUUUACUUUAUUAAACGCACGUUUGCGUGAAAACAAACUUUUGACUGCUGUACAUGGACAUCUGGGUUUCCACAAGAUACCCCUAUAAUUAUUCUCUCCUAAGUAUAAAUCAAAGGUAAUCAAUAACAUUCUAAAAGGGAAAUUAAUUUUUGCCACAAUAUUCAAUUUUCUUUGGUUGGAGUUCUAAUAUAUUCCUAUUUAUGUAUUUAUUUUUAAAAAGUGAUCACAAUGUUUUAUGAUAGUCCACAGCAAUUUCUGUAAAAAAAAAAAACAUAAAAAAAACCGCAAUCAGUCACACAGCCAUUGAUUUGAAAAGUGUUGCCAAUACUCACUGUGCCUUAGUCUCACCCAGCUACAGAUCUCGGUAUAAGCAUGGUGCCUCCCCCCUCUAACACACACCAGUAAAGAAGUCAGAUCAUCUCAGUUGGGCUGCAGUGAAAAAUAAUGUAAUCAAGUUUUUUUCUCUCUCGUGUUAAUCUUCGGCUAAUUCUAUACCCUAGUUAUUUAUGUUUAUUUAUGUAUUUAUCUAUUCCUCUCUGGCUAAUAGAGGGUGAUGUGGUUGUCCGCUCGCCUGUCCUGGCAGGUCUCUCUGUUGCUGCUCACUGUUUGUACCCAGAACACCUCCUCUGGCAUUGCAAGCACUUCAUGGUGAAUGACAGCGUAACAGAGCUAGGUUGCUUUUAGGGUAGCCAUAACGUUCUAAUCCGUCAGUCAUUAGAAAUUCAGCAGUACUUGGGAAGAACCGUGUGGAACUGAGUUAAGGAUACUUGUCGACACAUUCGUCUGUCAAAUUUGAACGUAUUGACGCUAGAUCCUGCAAGGUCAAAGAAGUGGAAGAAAUGCUCCAUUGAAAAGUGUUUCAUUGUUUAAAUGAGGACUGUGUUUAAUACAUGUUUUAAACACAACAACAGCGUGAAGCAGAGUGCACGCUAGUGCAGGGCUACAUGCAUUCCUGUAAAUGCUUGUGUGUUUGUAACUAAACAUGACUUAAUAAAAUAAUUUUAUUAGUGUUUCUGUUUUUUGUUAAUAUGGCUUUUUGGGAAG